CUCUGGCGCCGAGCGACAGGUGCCAGAACAAACGGACAGGGAAAGGCCGGGGACGCGAAGGCGUUCCGGGGGGCAGGACUUCCGCCGGAAAUGGGGUGGUCUGGGAAAUCUCAGAGCGGAGUUCCGGCGGGUCUCACCCCAGUGGGCACGGGCGGAGAUGGCUUGCGCCGCGGCGCGGUCCCCGGCCGACCAGGACAGGCUGUUGAAAAUCCUACAGCUACAGAGAUUCAAGAUGUGUGCUCAGCAGUUGGACUUAAUGCAUUUCUUGAGAAAAACAAAAUGUACUCCAGAGAAUGGAAUCGUGAUGCUCAGUACAGGGGCAGAGUCCGGGUUCAACUCAAACAGGAAGAUGGCAGCCUCUGUCUUAUACAAUUCCCAUCACAUCAACGCUCAACCACUGAGCCACACCAGCCAUGCAAGAGAUCCUUCUUUUCUACAGCUGCAUAGUGUUCCAUUGUGUAGAUGUAAGUCAGUAAUGUUGUAUGCAGCGGAAAUGAUUCCUAAACUAAAAACAAGGACACAAAAAACAGGAGGUAGUGACCAAACUCUUCAGCAAGGAGAGGGAAGUAAAAAAGGGAAAGGAAAGAAGAAGAAGUGACCUGGCAAGACAAUCAAGUCUGACAUACUACUGUAAGAGUCGUGGAUGGAGGUUUCUGAUUUGUAUCUGAGAGAAACUGAAGCUUUUUGUUUGUAUCAUUUAACUGAACUAUGAACAUUUGUGCCUCCCAGCUUUAGCAUGAGAGUUGACAAUGAAAUAAAUUUACAUCAGAAGUUUGCGUCGAGCUCUUACGCAGUAUUAAAGAAAAUUUUUUUUGCCUUUCAGUGCAGUUUUUGUGGAAGAAAGAAGCUUAUUUUUAAAUGGACAAUGGCCUCUACCAUAAGUUACUUGAAAUCCUGUAUCUGUGCUCUAUGUAAACAUAUUCAGACAAAUGAGUUUAAUAAGAUUUGAAACAUAUUGUUCACCUUUUAAGCUAAUGAAAUAAAAUUCAAAACUGACUGUGUAGCUUUUGCUUAUGAACUAAUCAAUGCCAGUGGAAGAGAUAAUUUAAAAGGAUGAAAUGGGGCCCUAACCGGUUUGGCUCAGUGGAUUGAGCAUCGGCCUGGGGACUGAGGGGUCCCAGGUUCGAUUCCGGUCAAGGGCAUGUACCUUGGUUGCGGGCACAUCCCCAGUAGGGAGUGUGCAGGAGGCAGCUGAUCGAUGUUUCUUUCUCAUCGAUGUUUCUAACUCUCUAUCCCUCUCUCUUCCUCUCUGUAAAAAAUCAAUAAAAUAUAUUUAUAAAAAAAUAAAAUAAAAUUUAAAAAAAAAAUAAAAGGAUGAAAUGGGAAGCCUGACUGGUGUGGCUUAGUGGUUGAAUGUUGACCUAUGAACCAGGAGGCCACAGUUUGAUUCCUGGUCAGGACACAUACCUGGAUUGCAGGCUUGAUCCCCAGUGUGGGUCAUAUAGGAGGCAGUCAGUCAAUGAUUCUCAUCAGUGAUAUUUCUAUCUCCUUCUCCCUUCCUCUCUAAAAUCAAUAAAAAUACAUUUUAGAAAUAAUAAUAAUAAAAAAAAGAAUAAAAUGGGUAGUGGAUGUUUAGUAUGACCCUGAAAGUAGAAGAAAGUAGUUAAAUCCUCUUGGAGAUCUAUGAACAGCCAGUCUAGAACAUAUUCUUUUUUUUUUUUUUAAUUGAUUUUCUUUUUAGAGAGGAGGAAGGGAAAGAGAAAUAUUGAUGUGACAAACAUCGAUCUGCCGCCUCCUGCAUGCACCCCGAUUGGGGAUUUAACCCACGAGACCUAGGUGUGUGCCCUGACCAGGAAUCGAUCACACAGCCUUUUGGUGUAUGGGAUGAUGCUCCAACCAACUGAGCCACCCAGCCAGGGCUAGAUCAUAUUCUUUUAAUUAGCUAUUGUAAUUGAGUAGUUCAGUUACUAGUUUUUGACAUGGAAAGUCCUGGAGUUUAAGCUUUAGAUUUGCUUAUUUUGUAGGCUUAAGGACAUUGUUUCAUUGGAGUUCUAAAAUUACCUCUGAUUUAGCACCUUGAAUCACAACUUGUUCAAUAAAUUAAAUUGGAUUGCUGAUUCUACCUUUAUUGAAAAGCAGUGUCUGAAAGUGGGAAUUUUUUGCAAAAUUGAAGAGAAUCCCUAUCUACCCAUAUGUUUUUGUUCACUGAGAGUCUCUUGGGCAACUGCCUUCUCUGACUCCCUAUGCUUCUGGUAGGGUUGUUGGUCAUGCGCUGCGUAUCAGCUUCAGUCAGUGAUGGCCACAUAUACAACUGUGAUCCUGUAAGAUUAUAAUGAAGCUAAAACAUUCCUAUCCCCUAGUAACAUCGUAGCCAUUGUAAAUUGGGAGCACAGCAUGCAUUACUUGUGUUUAUGUUGAUGCUGACGUAAACAAACUUCCACUGCCAGUCACAUAAAAGUAUUGCACAUACAAUUAUAUACAGUACAUAAUACUUGAUAAUAAAUGACUGUUUCUGGUUUA